GGCACCCCCCGCGCGGGCGGGCGCGCAGGCGCCGCGCGGCCGUUUCCGCUUCCGCCCCGACGUGCCGUCACCGUCAGGGCCGCCGGGGCCUGCCGGGGCCGCGCCCCGCCGCGCCGCUCCGGAAGCAGCUGGUGAGGCCGCAGCGCCGCGGGAGCAUCGGCUCCAGCUUCGCACCGUCCCGGCAGGUACGAGUAAGAUAAUUCAGUUCAGCUUCUCUGGCAAAGAUGUCGCUCUCCAAAAGAGAAUUGGAUGAGCUGAAACCAUGGAUCGAGAAGACGGUGAAGCGAGUCCUGGGGUUCUCGGAGCCCACCGUGGUCACCGCAGCGCUGAACUGCGUCGGGAAGGGCAUGGACAAAAAGAAAGCAGCUGACCACCUCAAACCCUUUCUUGACGAUUCCACCCUGCGAUUUGUGGACAAGCUUUUUGAAGCGGUGGAGGAAGGCCGAAGCUCCAGGCACUCCAAGUCCAACAGUGACCGGAACCGAAAACGAGAACUGAAGGAUGUCUUUGGUGAUGACUCUGAGGUAUCCAAGGAAUCUUCUGGCGUCAAGAAGCGGCGCAUACCGCGAUUCGAGGAGGUUGAGGAUGAGCCUGAGGUCAUUCCAGGCCCACCGUCGGAGAGCCCUGGGAUGCUGACCAAGCUACAGAUCAAACAGAUGAUGGAGGCAGCCACCCGGCAGAUUGAAGAGAGGAAAAAGCAGCUGAGUUUCAUCAGUCCACCGACACCACAGCCCAAAAUUUCUUCUUCAUCCCAAUCGGAACGCCUUCCCAUCGGCAACACGAUCCAGCCCUCGCAGGCAGCGACGUUCAUGAACGAUGCCAUUGAGAAGGCCAGGAAAGCAGCGGAGCUGCAGGCCCGAAUCCAGGCUCAGCUGGCUUUGAAACCAGGGCUCAUUGGCAACGCCAACAUGGUGGGGCUGGCCAACCUGCACGCGAUGGGGAUCGCGCCACCGAAAGUGGAGCUGAAGGAUCAGACAAAGCCUACGCCACUGAUCUUGGAUGAGCAAGGCCGAACUGUUGAUGCGACUGGUAAAGAGAUUGAGUUGACUCACCGCAUGCCAACCCUAAAAGCAAACAUCAGAGCUGUGAAGAGAGAGCAGUUCAAACAGCAGCUUAAAGAAAAGCCCUCGGAAGAUAUGGAGUCGAACACUUACUUUGACCCCCGGGUCUCCAUAACCCCAGCCCAGCGUCAGAAACGCACCUUUAAGUUCCAUGAAAAAGGCAAAUUUGAGAAAAUUGCCCAGAGGUUGCGAACGAAGGCUCAACUAGAAAAACUGCAGGCAGAGAUCUCUCAGGCUGCCAGGAAGACAGGGAUACACACUUCCACCAAGUUGGCUCUUAUUACCCCUAAGAAGGAGCUGAAAGAGGGGGAGAUCCCAGAGAUAGAGUGGUGGGACUCCUACAUCAUCCCUAACGGCCUCGACUUAAAAGGUGGAACGUCUUCAAAGCAAGAUGAGUACUUUGGGAUCACGAACCUCGUGGAGCACCCAGCGCAGCUCAACCCACCAGUGGACAGUGACACACCAGUGACCCUGGGUGUUUAUUUAACCAAGAAAGAGCAGAAGAAAUUACGACGACAGACUCGGAGAGAAGCGCAGAAGGAGCUGCAAGAGAAAGUCAGGCUGGGCCUGAUGCCGCCGCCAGAGCCCAAAGUAAGAAUUUCAAACUUGAUGCGAGUACUGGGGACGGAAGCUGUUCAGGACCCAACAAAAGUCGAAGCUCAUGUCAGAGCGCAGAUGGCGAAGAGACAGAAAGCUCACGAGGAAGCGAACGCUGCGAGAAAGCUCACAGCAGAACAGCGAAAAGCGAAGAAGGUUAAAAAGCUGAAAGAAGACGUUUCGCAGGGAGUUCACAUAGCCGUGUACAGGGUCCGAAACUUGAGCAAUCCAGCAAAAAAAUUCAAAAUCGAAGCCAACGCUGGCCAGCUGUACUUAACAGGCGUGGUGGUUUUACACAAAGAUGUCAACGUGGUCGUGGUAGAAGGAGGCCCAAAAGCACAGAAGAAAUUCAAACGUCUUAUGCUUCAUCGAAUAAAAUGGGACGAGCAAACAUCAAACACGAAGGGAGAGGAUGAUGAUGAGUCCGACGAGGAGUCUGUUAAGAAAACAAACAAAUGCUCUCUGGUUUGGGAGGGCACAGCGAAGGACCGCAGCUUCGGCGAGAUGAAAUUUAAGCAGUGCCCCACGGAGAACAUGGCACGGGAGCACUUUAAGAAGCACGGUGCGGAGCACUACUGGGACCUGGCCCUCAGCGAGUCGGUGCUGGAGUCCACAGACUGAGGUGAGGGGGCCGCCGUCGCCCCCUCCUCACACCACAGCCCCCCCGCCGGACCUCGGACAGCCCCCUCCACCCCUUGCUCUCCUCAGCACACCCAUUAAAGACAUAUUUUUUAAAACAAA